GAAGAAGACAAUAUAAGAAGAGUGGAUCAUCAAUCAUAGAACCUUAAAAAAUUAACAACGGACGGAGCAAGAGACCAAAGAAAACGGGGAAAAUGGGGAACAAUAGUUGAAGUGUGGGCGCAGCCACUUGGUGUCGCCAUCAACCUUCCCACUCAGUGGGUGCGCGACUGCGUUCACAUCACUCAGUCUCAGUCAGUGCCUUACCAAAAAGCCACCGUCAACAGUCAACACCUCUCCUUUCCCUUCUCCGUCCAUUUUCUCUCCAUAAACGGAUCUUCGAUUUCUCCUCACAACCACCUUCUCGAGCUCUGUCUUUCACGCAUCCAUCCAUGGCUUCUCUCGCCAGGAACGCCGAAGCUUCCCUCUCGAAACUCCUGUCAAGGCCUUGGAACAGAGCUUCUUCUCGCCAUCAGCCGCCGGCCACCGUGUCUGCAACCUUGACGAGGAAGAAGCCCGUCGAGGAUGCGACCCUCGACCUCAAUUCGAUUGCUUCGCAAAACUUGGAUCACGCUCACGCCCGGAGGCUGGUUCGAUCCGCUUUCACUCAUCUACAGCAGCAGCUCGAUCAUCCUCUCUACAAGCUGGCUCCUCCAGGGAUUCGAACAGAAGAGGUACGCAAUGAAAUAAACUGAAUCUGAUUUCAACAGAGUGGGGAUUGUGUCAAUUCAAUUGAUGGGUUUUUUCUUUGGUUGUGUUACUGGGAUUUGGCAGUGGUAUGAGAUAAACUUUAAGGGGCAGGAAGUGUUUUGUAAGAGCUGGAUGCCAAAACCUGGAGUUCGAAUCAAAGGUUCUGUGUGUUUCUGCCAUGGUUAUGGUGAUACCUGCACCUUCUUCUUUGAAGGUAUUGCAAGCCAGAUCGCUUCUUCGGGGUAUGCUGUCUAUGCCGUGGAUCACCCAGGUUUUGGACUCUCUGAAGGAUUGCAUGGUUACAUUCAGAACUUUGAUGACUUAGUAGACAAUGCCUACGAAAUGUUUGCUAAGAUCAAAGGAAGACCUGAGGUGAGAGGUUUGCCAAGCUUCAUAUUGGGACAGUCCAUGGGUGGUGCUGUUACUAUCAAACUCCAUCUGAAGGAUCCAAGUGAAUGGGAUGGUGUCAUCCUCGUUGCCCCCAUGUGUAGAGUAAGCUCUUUCAUUUUUUUUUUAUCUAUUUGCAGUUCUUCUUCAUCUUAAAUCGGCUUCAUGAAGCAGUCUUCUUCUUUUCUAAGCAACUGAACCAAGUGAGCAAUAAUUAGAACUUACCUUUGGUUCUUGUGGCAUAUUGUAGUACAAUUAAGACUCAUGAACUUUAAGGUAAGCAACUUAGUUUGCAUCAAUUAGGCUUCUUUAGAACCAGCCCACCCGCCACAGCCCACAAGGCUAUUUAGAGUCUUCAUUUAUUUUGCAUCUUGGAAGUUAUGUGCAUGGGAUACUCGCAGUUACUAAUCAUUCAAAGUUGUGUCCUGACUACUUGUUUAACGCCUAUUACAAUCUUCUGACUUCCAUUUACUAUCACAAGCAUUCCUGUUUUAGCUGUGAACACUCUUUAUCUGAUGUACGAAGCGACAAAGUAUAACAUUAUAUUCCAAUAUUUGGACCUGAAUGUUAGUCUGACAUGGUAGAGAAAUGCAUUUACCUUGUCAUACACGUUGGCUCUGAUGUGUAUGGUCUGCAUCUUUCUUGACGGAAAAGUUCCUUGUUAUAACAUUUAAUUAUUAGCUAACCGUGAGUUGUUGCGAAGAUCUCAGAUGAACUCAAGCCUCCGGCACCAGUUUUGAAGGUACUGACCUGCAUGGCUAGCCUCCUACCCAAGGCAAAGCUUAUGCCAGAGAAUGAUUUAGCAGAGCUUGCUUUCAGGGACCCGGUGAAGCGGAAAAUGUGUGAUUACAAUGUAAUUAGUUACAGCCAUCGAAUGCGAUUGAAAACAGCUGUGGAGCUGCUCAAGGCUACUGAAGAGAUUGAGGCUCAAGUUGACCAGGUUUCGGCUCCAUUGCUGAUUCUACAUGGCGCCGCCGACAAAGUCACGGAUCCAACUGUUAGCCAGUUUCUGUACGAGAAUGCAGCCAGCGAGGACAAGACGUUGAAGCUCUAUGAAGGUGGGUUUCACUCCAUUCUUGAAGGGGAACCCGAUGAUAGGAUCUUCGCCGUGUUUGUUGAUAUCAUGACGUGACUCGAUUCCAGAUCUUCUUCAGCUUGACGAAAACAAAAGAUCCCGGUGCAUUCGAGGCAUUAGGAAUGUAAAUUUUUUUUUGUGGCCUUGUAGCUGUCUCUGCAAUUGUAAUAGAAUGUUAUUUGGAUUUUCACCAAUGUAAUCAUAAAAUGUGCUAAACAAUACUAAUCCUAAAAUUAGUUGCAGUAAUGUGAUGACGUUUGUCUUCUUGAUACAUUUGAACUUGAAAUAACAUAACAAGACUUAGACACUCAAAGUCCGACAUAUAUCACGUUUCGAUUUUGGUUGAUAAAAACAUCGACGUGAUAUGAAAUGACCGUGUGCGUCGUUGUUCC